AUGGCGCGCGGCAGGAGGCGCGGGGGGUCCCGGCGGCGCGCGGUGACCCCCGAGGCGGCGCCGCCGCCCGCAGCCGCCGCGGCGCAGCGCAACGCGGGCGCCGUCCCCAGGAGGAAGCCGGCGGAGGAGCCCGCGGGGACGGCGCCCGACGUGGACUCGCUGGGAUUCCAGGCCAUGGACCGCAACGUGCCGGGGCUGUCCCACGUCAUCCUCCAGAAGCUCAACAUGAAGAGCUACGAGGACUACAAGUCUGCCAUGGACGGGGGGAAGAGCGGCAGCGAUUUCGGCAUCCGGACUUACUUCGACAUGUUCCAGAAGAUGGAAGACACCUUCAAGUUCUGUGCUGAGUGCAAGAAACUCCCCGACGCCCUCCCUGACCCCAAAAGCCUCCGGCGGUGCAAGAGGUGCCAGAACGUGUACUACUGCGGCGUGGGCUGCCAGCGUGCCAACUGGCCGCUGCACAAGAAGUUCUGCAAGAAGCUGCGACUGGUGGCCCUGGAUCGGCUGGUGGAGUGGCUCGUCUUCACAGGAGACAUCCCCUUCCCCACGGAGACCUGGACCAAACCUGCCUGGGAGGUGGAGAGCUGGGAGGACUGGUUCUCCAUGCAGGAGCAGCUGGAGGAGAAGCUGUCCGCCAUCCUGAGCGGCCGGUACAUGACCCUGCUGUGGGCCAACGCCGGCAAGCCGCGGCCGGACGACGUGGAGCUGUGCGAGUCCGUCCGGCGCCUGGUCACCGACUUCCACUCGCGGCCCCUCACCAUCGGCUGGGGGCUGCGGCUCUUCGGCGUCCAGCCCCUGGCCAAGGCCCUGACCGUGCACGUGGUGGGCGCUUCCCACGUCGAGACCCUCAACACGCGCCUGACGGACUACGACGAGCUGACGCGGAUGUUCCCGGGGCACCGCGGCAUGGAGCUGGUGAUGGUCGGGGUGGACGUGGUCAACGGGGCCGUGGCGAGGCCGCCCCUGGCCACGCCGCCGCCCCGGGGAAAGGUCUAUCUCAGCAGCUACAAGGGGCUGUACCACGACUUCUGGGAAAGCCACGUGGAGACCAAGCUGGCCGCCCGCCCCGACCUGGUGGUGGGCUUCCACCCCGGUUUCCACGCGUGCCCGGACCUGCUGGCGGGGUGGCUGCCCACGCUGCUGCUGCUGCGCGACUACAGCCUGCCCGUGCUCUUCACCGUCUACAGCGAGCAGGAGCUGAAGUCCUCGCUGCAGAUCCUGGCCGAGCUGGAGACGCGCGUCGUGGGCUUUGCCGCCAACCCCUUCGCCUCGCUGCGGCCCGAGCAGGUUUACUCCAGCCCCAACAAGGCUCCCGUCUACUGCAGCUCCCACUACAUCGCCGUGCGGGGGCCGGCGCCCGGGCUGCAGCCACAGGAGCUGGAGCCUGGCGAUGGCUGGUGUGGAGAAGAGCCCGGCGCUGCCGGCGGCACAGCCCCGGGGCUGGGCUGACCCCGUGCCACCAGCCCCAUCCUGCCUGCUCUGCCCACCCACCUUGCUGCCCUGUCCCAGGAGCCCAGCUCCCUGUGCCAGGCUCGGCCGCCCAGCCAUGCCUCACCACACGGCCCCCCAGUGCUGGGGGCUGCAGCCCCCCGGCACAGGCA